AUGGCGAGCCUCAUCGCGCAGGAGGAGGACGAGCGCGAGGACGACGCGGACAAAGAGUUUUACGAGCAGGACUUUUGGGCGGACGCGGAGGAGGACGCGGAGUACGCGAUGGAGGCGGACGACGAGGGCGCCGACUCCUUUGACUCCGACUUUGGAGACUCCAGCGAGUCGGACGGCGACGACGGCGAGGAGGAGGAGAAGGCGGCGCGCAAGGCGGCAAAGCCGAAGAAGCGGUCGGCGCAAGAGAAGAGGCGGCAGGCGAUCGAGCUGGCGGAGCGGCGCAAGGGGGAGGGGAGGGGGCAGGCAGGCAGGCGGGGCGUCGAGCUCGCGGCGCAGACUGAGAUCAUCAACCGCGCCUCGCUCGAGCAGAUGCUCCGCGUCGAGGAGGAGAAGCGGAAGGUGGUGGUGCGCGACCGCCGGACGAGCGGGCCGCGUGUGGUGACGAAGUCCACCCGCGAGGGAGACUCCGUCCGCACCUACGUCACCUUCACCGACGGACCGCUGCCGCCCGCCAUCGACGACGUCGCGCCCGACUACCCGCCGCAGGUCAAGUGCGCCGUGACCGGGCAGCCCGCGCGCUACUUUGACCCGGCGAGCCGCUCGCCCUACGCGACGCUGGAGGCGUUCCGCACGCUGCGCGGCGAGCGGCGCGUCCGGCCCUCCGCGUCGUGA